AUGCAAACGCGACGACGUUUAUUGCAACAGGACAAUACCGGGGCACAGGAAGAAGGCAAUCCUUUAAUAGGGCAGCAGUAUAAUCAAUUACCACAGCAGCACAGCUAUAUCCAAGAUCCCCUCGUUGCAUCGUUUGAAAAUAGCUUUCCAGCCGCAAACUUACUAACUUCCACACACGCUAAUGAAGGUGUAGCUCAAAAUCAAAAAAUAUCUGAGGACGACUUAGAUGAUAAAUACCACAAGGCCGAUCGACAGUGGAAUUUACUGUCUAUUUCUUCUCGUUUACAAACGGCAUCUGGACAAGUGCUACGCAAUUUCAUACAACAGCCUCUCAGCGCGGCAGCAGUGGUAGUACGUGGCUAUCAAAAUCCUGUUGACGUUGCCGGCGAUAGCAGUAAAUACCUUAAAAAUCCUUCACCGAAAAGUGAUUUUGAGAUCGAAGAAGACGAAGAAGAUACAUUUGAUAAAGAGGAAAUAGUAGUCAUGGCGGCUCGAGAUCGUACCAGCGAAUUUAAUAAUGCUAUUCGCUCAUUACAAUCUCGUAAUAUAUCACGAGCGGUUAAUAUACGUGAUCCUCGCAAAGCAAAACAAGUGCAAAGUUAUUCUGAGUUUAUGAUGGUAGCAAAACUAAUUGGCAGAAAUAUUGCUAGCACUUAUACUAAAUUGGAAAAAUUAACCAUAUUGGCCAAAAAGAAAAGUUUAUUCGAUGAUCGACCACAGGAAAUACAAGAACUCACGUAUAUUAUAAAAGGCGAUUUGAAUGCGUUAAACCAACAAAUUGCUCGACUUCAGGGGAUAUCUAAGGACCAGAUACGUACUGUUAACGGAAGGCAUUUGGUUUCACAUUCCUCCAACAUGGUUUUGGCUCUUCAAUCCAAAUUAGCAAGCAUGAGCACAGAUUUUAAACAAAUUCUCGAAGUCCGUACUGAAAAUCUGAAACAUCAAAAAUCGCGCCGCGAUCAAUUUGGUCAUGGACCAUUAGCCGCAAACUCGAUAUCGCCAACUACAGCUAAAAAGGGCUCGUUACUGCUCAGCGAAGAGAAUCAAGCUAUCAGCAUUGACAUGUCACCAGCUAAUGAAUCUGCUCCAUUACUAGGUCCACAAAGUCAAGCACAGCAACAAAUCGCUCUGUACGAUGAAUCGGAUGACUAUGUUCAACAGCGAGCCGAAACAAUGCAAAACAUCGAGUCUACUAUUGUAGAGUUGGGUGGAAUAUUCCAGCAAUUAGCCUAUAUGGUUAAAGAACAAGAAGAAAUUGUGGAGCGUAUCGAUACGAAUAUACAAGACGCGGAGCUAAACAUUGAAGGAGCACACAAUGAAAUUUUAAAAUAUUUUCAAUCCGUUUCGAAAAAUCGUUGGCUAAUGAUCAAGAUAUUCGGUGUCUUAAUAUUUUUCUUCAUAUUCUUUGUAAUAUUUUUAACAUAAUAGUAAUGAUUGGGUCUUAUUUUACGCAUGGGAACCUUUGAAAUGGUUCUUCACUUAU